GUUCUCUCACAGUAACAAGUAGACAGCAGUAUAGAGCGGAGUGAUGUGAAUAUUGGAUUAAAGUGUAUAUAGGAUAUGUGGCCGUGUUUCCUAGUUAUACUUCUCCUCUCUCAAUCCGCCCUCAGUCGGAAGAAACAAAAACCCUCAAUAAACUCAAUCUCCGGGAGCAUAGAUGACACCCAGAAAUAUAGUUCAUCAGAGUGUAGGUUUGGAGGUCAAUCUCAUGAACUUGAGGACACCUGGCAUCCUGACCUCGGACCUCCCUUCGGAAUCAUGUUUUGCGUACACUGUGAGUGCGUACCGAUUCACAAGAAGCGGCGGAUAGUAGGACGGGUUCGGUGCAAGAAUAUAAAGUCUGAAUGUCCUAAGCCUAGUUGUCCUGAACCUAUCCUGCUCCCAGGAAGAUGCUGUAAAGUGUGCCCGGGACAAGAUAACAAUCCUGACAACAAUAUCCAGGUUGAUCUAGAGAGAGAAGAACAAGAGAAGAACGGAAGACAUUAUGCAAGUGUUCUAAGUGGACCAGGUGUACCUGGAGCAGCAAUUGGUCGUCUUCAUUUCAGAAAGAAAACCCUUCAAUGGAGUCUAGUGAGUAGUGAGAGGUUGAGUGCUCCAAUACAGUUAACCUUUACAGAUCCUCAGGAUAAUAUUCUUGAUGAAUUCCCAACUCCUAUUACAGAUCUUUAUAACAGUACUGGUAAGAUGUGUGGAACCUGGGCCCGGCUCCCGAGGAAAUAUCGCCGGAUUCUGAGAGCCGAGGAACUCCGGAUUAGUCUCACCUAUCCGGAGGGAGUAAUUGUCGGAGCCGUGAAGAAAUAUUACGGUCUCACUUCAGAGCUUUUCUCAGGGUUCCUUGAAGGACUAGCCGGAGUUGGAACUGCAGUUCUCAGUGUAGAUAUUGGAACUGGAUCCAUUCAUGUCAACAUUCUCUUUAAAGGAAUUGUUAAGGAGGGAGAGCUCAAUGUUCCAUUCCACGUAAGGUUUGAAACUACACGGGACGGAGAAACCAGGAUAUUAGAUGAAACCGUGAUUCUGGAGACAGCAGGAGAGGAUCUGAGCAGUCUGGAGAUCCGAACUGUCAUGGAUAAUAUUGAGCUGGAUGCACUAGGACGUGGAGAAAUGAAACUGAUCUUGUAUCCGUCCUCUGUCCCGGAGCGUUCUCUCUCGGGGUUCCUGGUUCCCCGGAUAUCCUGUGAUCUCCUGGACUGUGUUCUCACUCCCCGGAGUCAGGAUGAGGGAAUGCGAGGAAUGGGUUUCAUGUAUUUUAACAGACACGGAGCUCUCAUUUAUAAAAUCAGGGUUGAGCCUGGAACUACUUCAGUUUCUCAGAUUAGUUUAGAGAGUGGAGGAAGAUCAAAGAGAAUUCUAAACAUUGAACCUAACCUUGGUUCAACAGAUGGAACCGUUGCAUCAGGUGAGAUGAGAUUAACCGGAAACCAGGUGGAGGAACUUAUGAAGGAAGAAUACUAUCUAAGUGUUGGUUCAAGUUCAACUUUACUCCGGGGAAGAGUUAUGCUAGAGCAGGCCGGUCCAUCUAAUCUAGCAGGAGAACCUGUUCUGCUGACAGGGAACAGUUCAGUAGCUGGGCUCUCCUGGGUUAGUCUGGAUACAGACUGCAGACUUCAUUAUUCUCUCCGGAUGGAAGGAGCAAACCUGGAAGCUACAGAAUCCGUUCUAGACCUAGAGGACUACCCACUGGAAAACUUGAAAGCUCUACCCCUGUUCCCAAGUCAUAAACGCCAGCUCCAGGUGUGCCAAGGGAAACGAUGCUCCGGACACGCGGAUAGUUUACAUAAACUUACAGUUUCUCGUCUUGACUCCGGAGACGCAGCUCUCAUCCUGUCCUUGCCAGACGGUCAGCUUAAGGGAGGGUUGGAGACUGUGGAUACUCCUAUAUCCUGUCUUCCUAUACAUAACAGAAAUUCUCUGGAACGUAUUCCUGGAUACUUGAAUGAUCUGGGUGAGAAGGUUCCUAACACUAUUUUACAAAAAUGUUAUUACGAAGGAGUUUUCUAUGAUGAUGGAACACAAUGGGAGUCCUCACAUACACAGUGCCAAAUGUGCAGCUGUCAGCGAGGAUCAGUAGUGUGUGAUCCUAUGGUGUGCCCUAGCACUGAUUGUGCUGAUCCUAUAAUACCAGAGGGAGAAUGUUGUUCUACUUGUGCACUUCAAACCAACUCUACAGAGGGUUGUAUUGAUCUAGGAGGGAACAGUAGGAUUCAUCCUCCUGGGAGCAGAUGGCAUCCGUAUAUUCCUCCGUUUGGGUUCAGCCGCUGCGCUAUCUGCUCAUGCCAGGAGGAUACGCUAACUGUACAGUGUACAAUGUUAAUACUUACCUUUAUGUUCAGGAGGAUACGCUAACUGUACAGUGUACAA